AUGGGAGGUCAGGAAGAUGCCAGAUCAAGGACACCUUUGACGCAAUUUGAUACGCGACUUAACGUGCCGCAUCGCCGGGUAACCUUCUCCACGGCCAACCAGGCGCAGGACCUGCAGGACCCGUCCCAGCACAGCUACUACGACAGCGGUCUGGACGAGUCGGAGACGCCCAGCUCCAAGUCGUCGUCCGGGCCUCGGAUCGGCCCGCUGGCGCUGCCCGAGGACCACUACGAACGCACCACACCCGACGGCAGCAUCGGCGAGAUGGAGCACCCCGAGAACGACCUGAGGCCCCUACCGGACGUGGCGAUGACCGGCAACUGCACGCGCGAGUGCACCGAGUUCGGCCACUCGGACUCGUGCUGGAUGCCCGGCCAGCCGUCGCCCAACCGCAAGGGAGCCAAGGGCGCCGCCCCCCCCAAGCUGUCCACCUUCGUGCCUUACCAGGAGACGGACGCCGCCCGGGACCCGCCGGCCCCGCUGCCUGUGGCCAACGGCAGCCCCAAGCCCGUCCCCGUGGAGGAGCGCGGCCCCGGCGGGGGCGGCAGGGUGGCAAACAUGCGCUUCAUGACCCCCUACAGCAGUGCCUACCCCUUGGGCGCCGCUGCCAAAGACUGCGGCCUGGAGGAGAUCCCCCUCAGCCAGACGGUGGAGUUCCACUCGGCCACCACCCCCACGGGACACGCGUCCAAGAGGGAGAUCUACCUGUGAGGGCGCCACCCCUGACGCUCCCCCCGCUUCAACCCCCAACCGUCACCCCCUCUUGACGCUGCUCGCCUGCUCUUAAACGCCUCGCAAACCCUCACUACCAUCCCCUAAACGCCUCACUGCCCCUCCAGGCGCAUCCUUAGUGCUCCUAAACACUUCACUGGGCCCCCUCGGACCCCAACAGCCCCCAAACAGCUCACCACAUCCCCAACCACCCUACUCCCUCUAAACUCUGCACUCGGACCCCCGAACACCUCCCUUGCUCACCUAACUACAACCCCAACCGCCUCCCUGAGCUACGUUACUCCUCCAAAAAACCUCAUUACUGCUUCAAACCAUCUCACUGCCCACUCGAACAGAUCUUCCCUUAUUGCCCCCCCCACCCGCAAGCACCUCACCGACUCGCCUUUUCCCAAUUUAACACUUGCUCUCAAACCCGAACACCUCCCCACCCCCCGAGCCGGUUCCAGAAACUCUUCACUGCCCUAUUAAGCAACUUACUGCCCCACCCAAACACCUCAGUGCCCCUCUAACACCGCACUCGACACCUCAUCG